GGUAAAGCAUUUGGUAAGCCCAACUAGACCAACAAUACCACAUGUAGCAAACAUGGAACUGCCUUCCUACUGACAGACAAGCAUUUGGUAAUGUUGCUUAUCAGGCCAAAUUUGAGAGACAGAAGGCCCAAGAAUUAGCUCUUCCUAACUUGUUCCAAGAAUUGAAUUUUGACCAAUAAUGUCUUCGUUCUACCAAAGAGAAGACAGGGAGAAACAUACCAUCUAUGAUUGAAACUAGCUUUAUUCACACUCUAAAUGACCAACAGGUACCACCACAUGGUUUUGCCUUUGGUGAAUAGUUUCAAAAGCUUCAGCUGCAACUCAAAGCCUAUCUAAGGCCUCUAGUAUAAGUAAUCCUCUUUUAUUAAACUUCUCAUCAUCCAAGACAAGCAGUAUCAGUUUCCUCCAAAGUUUUCAAUUUUAUCUAGGUUACUGUCAAACAAUGCUCAGUGCUAAGAAACUCAUCAAGAUGGCCAAAAAAUGGCAGAAGUUUGCAGCAAUGCAGAGGAAGAGGAUUUCACUUCCAAGAAAUGUUAAUGAUGCAGACAACUGCAGUACAACAUCAUCAUCUAUAGUUGAGAAAGGCCAUUUUGUAGUGUACGCAGCUGAUCAAAGGCGCUUUGUGAUUCCAUUGUCCUACCUGGAAAAUGAGGUCAUUAGGCAACUCUUGGAAAUGUCUGAAGAAGAAUUUGGGCUGCCAAGUUGUGGACCUAUUAUGUUGCCAUGUGAUUCAUUUUUCUUGGAUUACAUCAUUUUGCUAAUUAAGAAAGGAGCAGCAGCUGGAGAUCUUCACAAAGCAUUGCUUUUCUCAAUUACUUCAAGUUGUUGUUCAACUUCUUCUUUGCAUCAAGAACCGGGAAACCAACAGCUACUUGUUUAUUGAGUCAUGAUCAUUAUCUUUAGUAAAUGAUAGAUCAAAACAGAUUGUAUAGCAAGUUAAAAGUAGGCCAUUCAAAAAGUAGUUGCACUCGAAUCACAAGAUCUAAACAAACUUUCAUAUAAUGAGCUUCGAGGAGAUCUUAUAGCAUUCGAGAAAAUUCGCCUUAAGAAAACAAACUAGGAAGAAAAGAAGAAAACAAUCGCCUUCAAAGCUACAACUAAAAGACCAAAAAAUGAUAUUGAUGACGACCUAGAAGCUCUUAAAGAAGAUAUUUCCAUGGUAUCAAGGAACAUAGAUGGUCUAAUGAGAAGAUACAUAAACAAAAGAAGAGGUAGGAUGCCCUCAGGAGAACCAGGCAAUAUAAUGAACAAGACAAGAAUGACGAAAAAUGUUAUGAGUAUGGAAGAUAUGGGCAUGUUCAAGCUGAAUGCCCAAAUCUUAAAAGAAAAAUUUCCAGAAGAUUCAAUAAAAAUAAAUCUUUUGGAAGUUGGAGUGAUGAAGACAGUUCGGAACACGAGGAAAUAGAAAAUUUUUGCUUCAUGACAAUUCUGGAAAACGACAUGAACAAACUCUAUGGCUCCUGGACCGAUGAAGAUGCAUCAGACGACGAAUGCAAAGAUGAUAAUGAAAAUUGUUUUAUGAAACGAGGUGAAACAAGUGAGGUAAGACCUUAUAAUUGUGAUAGAUGUAAUGAAUUGCAAGAUAUUCUUGACCUUACUCUAAAGGAGUCUCAAAAAAUGAUGAAUGAACUAAGGAGACUCAAUAGGGAAAAGAAAGACUGGGAACUCAAGCUUGAAGUAUGUGAAAUUAAAAAAGAAGUACUUUAAGAUGAAAUUCAAGAAUUGCGAAUGCAACUUAAUGGCAUGCGCAAGUCCACCAGUCACAGUUCUGUCAAGUAUAAUCAAGUGACUUACAAGUUAACUGGAAAAAGACUUGUUAGAACUAAGUCCACAACCACAAGUACUAACACAUGUGGAAGAUCAAAAAAUGGAUCAGCCCCUAUGUGUCACUACUGUAAUAAAAGUGGA